GCCAGAGCAAGCCAGCGAGGGAGCAGGCAGGCGGGCGGGCGGGCGGGCUGGCAGGCGAGCGAGUGGAGUUGCCUGCGAGGAGGUCGGCGGGCGUUUUCCUCCACCUUCGCUUCGUUUCCUCUACGCGCAGCAGAAGCAGCAGCAACAGCAGGUUGCAGCCAGGCACCAACGCCUCGCCUCGCCUCGUCCGCCUGGUGCACCGGGAGACCCCGGCGUGGAGGCAGCAGUCGCCCUGCCACUGUGCCCUUUUUGUUUUUUUUUUCCGGCCGUCCGCUUGCAACUCCUUGCCGCCGCCGUGGCCAGCACAAGCGACGUCCCUCUUCCCGGUCACUUCACGCCGCGCCUCUCUCGCAGCUUUUCUUUCUCGGUCUGUGUCGAGUCGGCCAGCCCGGAUCGGCUGCCCCUUCCGAGAAGUCUGGGAGCUCCGGCUCCCCCGCUGCUCUUCCCCAUGGGGAUCCGCGAGUUUCCCAGCGGCACGGCCAGGGGCAAGAGCAUGGCGAUUGGCAUGAGGAGGUCGCCUGAUGUCAGCCCCAGGAGGCUGUCAGACAUCAGCCCUCAACUCCGGCAGCUCAAAUAUCUGGUGGUGGAUGAGGCAAUCAAAGAGGAUAUGAAAUGGAGGUCCGUGGAAGACCUCACCAGUGCUUCCGUAGGACUCACAUCCAUCGAGGAAAGGAUCCUGCGGAUUACAGGCUACUACGGCUAUCAGCCUUGGGCUACCAGCUAUAAAAGGGAUGAGCGUUCCUAUGAUUGCACAACACCAGCAGAAGCUCAGACACAAGCUGGGAUGGAAGCUGGUGGAAGAGGGAGCCCAUGUUGCCAAACAUGCUCUGUGAUCCAGCUUAAGAAAAUCUUCUGGGGAGUAGUGGUGGUACUUGGUGUCUGCUCUUCCUGGUCAGGUUCAACCCAGCUAGCAAAACUGACCUUUAAGAAAUUUGAUGCCCCCUUCACUUUGACGUGGUUUGCAACAAACUGGAACUUUUUAUUCUUUCCUUUGUAUUACAUUGGACAUGUUUGUAAGUCAGCUGAAAAACAAUCUCCCCAACAAAGAUACGGGGAGUGUUGUCGGUUUUUUGGAGACAACGGCUUGACACUGAAGGCAUUUUUUACCAAAGCUGCACCUUUUGGUGUUCUUUGGACACUCACGAACUACCUGUAUUUACAUGCAAUAAAAAAAAUAAACACUACGGAUGUUUCCGUACUGUUCUGCUGCAACAAAGCUUUUGUGUUCUUGCUUUCGUGGAUUGUUCUCAGGGACAGAUUCAUGGGAGUGAGGAUUGUCGCUGCUAUACUUGCUAUUGCAGGGAUAGUUAUGAUGACUUACGCAGAUGGAUUCCACAGUCAUUCAGUUAUUGGAAUAGCACUUGUUGUGGGAUCUGCGUCAACGUCGGCUCUUUACAAGGUUUUAUUUAAGCUUCUCCUGGGCAGUGCUAAAUAUGGAGAAGCUGCCUUAUUUUUGUCAGUGUUAGCUAUUUUCAAUAUCCUUUUUGUUACCUGUAUUCCUGUCAUCCUUUACUUUACCAAAGUUGAAUACUGGAGUUCUUUUGAUGCCAUUCCUUGGGGAAGCAUUUGUGGAUUUUCAGUCCUAUUAUUGACAUUCAAUAUUAUAUUAAAUUUUGGGAUUGCUAUUACAUAUCCUACCUUGAUAUCUCUCGGGAUUGUACUAAGUGUACCUGUAAAUGCUAUUGUUGAUCACUACUCGAGUGAUAUUGUCUUCAACAGUGUCCGUGUAAUUGCCAUUGUCAUAAUUGGCUUGGGCUUCCUCCUGCUGCUUCUACCAGAGGAGUGGGAUGAGUGGUUAAUAAAACUCCUUACCCGCCUCAAAGUACGAAAGAAGGAAGAAAUUCCAGAGGGAAAUGGAGACAUUGUUUCAGGAUUGCAGAAUAAAAGUAGAAGAACGCGCCCCUCCAUGUCAUCUUUCACACAUUAAUAUUAUUUUAUGAACAUUCCUUAAAAUUGUAUACUUUAAAUCAUAGCUUUUUCCUUGCAAAGCACAUAUGUUCAAUACAGUAAAUAUACACAGAUGUACAGUUUUGAUACUAAUAGAGUCCAAGUUUCAGCAUCACUAAAUUGCUUGCACUGUUUCACAUUCAACCUUUCACUUGGGAGAACCUCUCUAAAACAUGAAACUCUUUUUAAAUGAAUGUAAUGUCUAAUGAUCUUUGCAUAUAUGAUUUUAUUGAUAAACCAUGAGACGGAGGGCAUACAUUUUGAACAUUAUGUACUGAAUAAUACAUUGCGCACUGUGAUUUAUGCGUGUGUGCAUGCACACACACAAACAUAUAUAUAUAUAUAUAUAAAUAUACAAACACAUAUAUAAUGAGAAACAAGUAUUAUGCUUAUGUCAUAAGCUUAUUUUUUAUGAGAGCUGCAUAUGAAACAUUUGCAAAUAAACCAAAAUAAGCUAUUUUGGGGGGAAGAAGGGGUGGGAGGGUGGGAGCGUGUCUUGUGAAGAUAAGUGCACUUUGUGCCAGAUUAAAAGAAAGUAAAAAUGUUAGGUUUGCACUAAAGCAUACGGGAGAAACUAUCAAGAGUACUGAAGUACCAGGGAUUACUCUUGAAAACCCCACUAACAUGAAUGGAAAUAGUUGAAGAGUACUUUGUACGGUGUGUUAUUUUUGCACACCUACACUGUCUGCCUCAGGGGAGCUUGUGCAAAGAAAGUUCUCAGGGGGAAUAAAUUUAAGUGUGCAUGAUUGCAGUUUGUGCUUAAUAUCAUGCAAAGGAAAAUACAGUGCCUUCUACAGAAUUCUAGUCCAUUGUCUGUAUAGAAAUAGGAAACUCUCAAGUUGCUUGUAUUGAUUUUUCAACAUGAAGAAUGUGUUCCAUAGACAGAGUGCUUUUGAAAUUCACAAAGAAAUCAAGGAGUGCCUACUUCAAGCUGCUGAUUACUAGGACUGCAGACCAUUUGAGGACUACUACAUCUUCUGUUGCGGCCAGAUUUACU